AUGUUAGAAAAAUCCCAAUCAAGAAGAAAACGAGUGCGUGUUUUAUCGUCUUCGAGCGAGUCGGAGCAUGAGUCAAUGCAGCCGCCGCCUGCCCGUCGUGCCCGUCGGUCUACACCAGGAGACCGCCAAAAUGAGAGCUCAGUCGCUUCCAGUUCACGCGCCGCGGUAUUAGAUGAUGAUCUCGUCAGUGUGCUUUAUGCCGAGCGCUCAUCGUCGUCCCUCCGCGACCGCAGCACCGCACGUGCCGCGUCACCCGCCGGCGCAUCCUCGGAGUACAUCGUCACGCCUUCGGCUAGCGUCGAGCCCCACACUGUGUUCACGCCUAUCGAACCUGCGACCGAAAAUGAGUCCCAAGACGUGUUAGAUCUCGACUUAAUGGAGAUCUUGGGAAUGGAUCCCACACAAUGCGAGAGUUAUGGACCAGAAAUCCAGAAGGAUGUUGGCAUACGUUUCGAACAUUAUGUGACCACAGGAUUGGCCAGGGAGCUCAGAAAAGAGUUAGUUGAUAAACAUAAAAUACCUAUCAACUGUAAGCUGGUAGAUGCUCCAGCGCUCAACCCAGAAAUGAAAGCUGCUCUUACAGAAUGGGUUGUCAAAAGAGACAAAGCGAUCGAGAUGCAGCAGAAACUCUUAGCUUGUGCAUUGUCGUCUCUCGGAGAAGCCAUUACAAUGGUGCUUGCUCUUAAAGAUAAACAGCCGGAUUUAUUACGGCUGCUCAUUGACACCGGUCGUAUUAUUUGCGAACGCCAGCAUAACGACUCCCUAACCAGACGUAAUUAUGUUCUUUCAACGCUUAAACAAGACUUAAAACAACAGUUGAAAGCAACAAAAAUUGGUAAUUUGUUAUUUGGAGAUAACCUUCAAGAAACACUCAAAAGUGCAAAAGCCAUUAAUAAAUCUGGCACAGAUUUGAAGGCACCUAAUUUUUCCGCAAGACCGAAGCAAAAUACGAACCCUAAACCAGGGUCGUCAAAAAACUGGAAGUCUUCGAACGAGAACCGCAAGCAGACAGCAGCUCCCAAGAACAGGGAGACGGCGAUGACGCAUACUGUGACGAAGAAUCUUCGCUCCAACUCAUCAAAAACGUCACAGCCGCAGCGGUCACGCAGCAACCGCUACUAAAGCAAUGGACGCAACUUCCAUGCCAAAGUUACCCUGGCAGUCGCAAUUUUGUCCGGGAGGCGUUUGCAAGACGCAACGUGCCUUCCUCUGCG